GCGUCUUACUUGACGAGAACUCAACCUGGCCAGCCCUGUGGAGUGAGAGUCAGGCAAGAGAAUUUAAAAACAGACAUGCUUGGUUAGAAUGGAGAAACGGAAAGUUAGGUUGUGCCGUUUGCAGUGCAACAAAAUCAACAGGCAUCCUCACAGAGAAAAGGGUGUCUACGUCUGAGGAGUGGGUGUCCUUUAAAAUCCAGUCCUCUUGCACAAGUGACAGACAAACAGCCUUAGCAUCCUUUAGGAACAAAAUCCGGCGACAUGAGACAUCUAGGGCACAUGAAAUAGCCCAGGAGCUUACUGAAAAAGGCAAAAGGAAUUUACUUGGAAACAUGGUGAGAACUGCAUCAGAAACUGUGCUAGCUGAGACUGAUGCUGUAUUCAGAACAGCAUAUUAUCUCGCUAAGAUGAACCGGCCGUUCACUGAUCAUUAUGAUCUCAUUGAACUUCAGCAAAGAAAUGGUAUCAACAUGGGCACUAGUUUGCACUCAAGGUACAGUUCCACAGCAAUUGUGCAACAUAUAGCAAAGGAGAUGCAGAAAAAAAUUGUUGACAGUAUAGUGUCUUCUUCAAGCAAAUUGUCUGUUCUGAUUGAUGAGGCUACAUCUCUCAGCCACAAAUCUGCCAUGAUUGUCUAUGUGAAAGCCUCUACAGAUGGAGCUACUCCUGAAUUUUUGUUUCUUGAUUUGGUUGAGCUGGAAAGCCAAAGAGCAGCAGGCAUUGAGGAGGCUCUGUUGAACAGUUUGAACACUGCAGGCUUCAGUGAAGAAUGGCUUCAAAAGAACUGGGUCUCAUUUGUUUCUGAUGGUGCCAGUGUGAUGCUAGGCAAAAACACUGGUGUGGCAACUAGGCUGACUGAAAGAUACCCCAACCUUUUCACAUGGCACUGCAUGAACCACCGUUUGGAACUGGCUGUAUCUGAUGCUGUGGAUGAAGUUCAGGCAGUCAACCACUUCAAGGUGUUCAUGGAGAAGAUCCACAAUCUCUACAGUCAGUCCAAUAAGAAUGCAAGGGAACUUCAGGAGGCAGCACAAGAAGUGGGCUCACAAGUCCUGAGUAUCGACAGGGUUUUAAGCACACGAUGGGUGGCCAGCAGCUUCCGUUCUGUAAAGGCUGUGUGGAGGUCAUAUGAAGCACUGAACAGACACUUUGAAAAUGCUGCAGAAGACAAAACAAGAAACAGCAAAGAGAGACAAACUUACAGAGGCCUGGCACGUCGUAUGCAAAGCAAGGAAUUUCUGUGUGAUCUUGGACCCAUGUACGAUGUACUGUCUGAACUUUCAAACCUGUCUCAGCAGCUCCAGGCGCAGUCGGUCACGCUGCUGAAAGCAGAUAAGUUUCUGAGGCGCACCAUUCGAGUCCUGGCAUCAUUCAAAGACUCUCCAGGAGAGAAAUCUGAAGAGGCUUUGCAAGCACAGAUUUCUGGGCAUUUUGGAUCAGUUUCCCUGGAAUCAAAUGCAAAGCUCACACAAAUCAAUGGAAAGCAAUUCCUCCAAAGUCUGAUCACCAACAUGGAAAAGCGGCUCUCAUUUGAAGAUGAAAUACUUUGUGAUCUUAGCAUUCUGGACACCAACACCUGGCCAUCAACACCUGGCAUCCGACAUGUCAACCACCUCAACUUCAACCACAUCUGCAACUGCAUCACUACGAUGUCAAGGCUGGCCACCCAGCUUCUUCCUCCAUUCUCCUAUGGAGUAGAGAUGCAGCUGUCGAAGCUGGAGAAGACAGAGAGUCUUGAGAAGGAGCGAGGAGAACUGCUAUUUGAGGUCAAGAAAAGGAACAACCUCCACAUAAUAAAAGAGAAAAUGGAGAAAACCUUUGCUCAUCGGCGGUAG